AUGAAAGGUGAAGUCGUCAAUUUGGAUCCAGAAACUAAUCCUAAAUUGAAGGAAAUCUUGGAUUUGCUUCUUUUAGCAGGCUAUUUUAGAAUUCGUAUUCCCUCAAUUAAGCCAUUUGAUAAGAUUUUGGGAGGUCUCAGUUGGUGUAUUACAUAAUCUAACUUUGCUAUUGAUAUUUAAUAUAAUGAUGACUAUAAUAUAGGGCAGAAGAUCAAGGUUUCAGAAUAAAUUGUCAAAUCUCUAAUAGAGAUGUAAUCCCCAUAUAAUCUUUAACCACAUUAAAUUUAAGGUCUAGAUUUGAAUGCCAUCUACCCUGUAAUUAAAUGGCUCAUCAAAUUUGUCUUAGAAACUAGAGAAUUUCGACAAGAUUAAAAUUAUAGAGUAAGUAAAUUAGUUGGUAAAAAUGCAAAUUAAGCUUUAUAUUAAUAAGAUUAAGAAGAAAAGAAGGCAAUCUAAGAAAUUGUAUCAUAAUUAGAUUUAUUAUAAGAUAAUAGAUAAACUAAGAAUUUGAAAAAAUUAUCAAAAAAAGACCCUUUACGGGUUUAUUCUACAUUAAUUGAAUAUGGAGAUUUAUCAAGUCAAAGAACUUAUAACAAAUUUUGUGCUUUGAUUUCAGGAAUUUAAAAAUAAAAAUAAGGAAAUUAGUAGAAUGUAAGCGCUGUUAAUAGCAAAACUCAAUAGAAUCCAACUUUAGCAUUCCAAUAAAAUUUAUUUCUUGAUGAAGUACCUGAAAAAAAAUAAACUAAUUAAAAUUAAUAAGUAACAUUAGAAUAGUUAACUAAUCUAUAAAAAGAGAAAAUGUAAUAGGCACAAGCAUAAAUAAAGGAAAUGUCUCAAAUAGCUGGUCCAUCGGCAGAAGCAACUUUGAAUGAAGAAGAAGGAAGGAAGUUUCAGAAAUUAUAAAGAAGAAAUUCUAUUGCUGGAUAAUCAUUAUCCUAGCUGAUUUCGAAAGAAAAAAUUGCUGAGGGAUUGAAAUAAUAAACUUAAGAAGAAGAUCAAGAAGUAGUAAAUACUGUAAACAUAAAGUUAUAAGAGAAAAUUAUUCUUGAAUAAUAAUUUAAAUUAUAACAAUAAAACCUUAACAAUUUAGAGAAAGCUAUAGAAUAGGAUAUGUAGGAAGUAGAGUAGCUGGAGUCAUAAAACAACUAAUUGACAGAAUAAAUAAAUGAAGAAAAAUCACGUCUUACUAAGAUUGUAGAUGCGCUAAAAGUAAUUGACUCAAAGACGAAAAAAGCAAAUCAAGUAGAUAUUAAAAGGGCUGAGGAGUAAGUUGCAAAAAAAAUCGAAUUGAAAGAAUAAAAAACAGAACUAAAAAAGGAGAUUAAAUAGGAAUAACAAAAAAUAGAGAAAGAAAAAGAAGAGGCUUUAAGGAAUAUGCCACAAGAAAAUGAUUAGGAAUUAUUAAAAGAGAUGAAAUCAUAAUAUAACUAAAAAAAGGAAAAAUUUGAAAAGAAGUUCUAGCAAUUUCAACUUUUAAAUUAGGAGAUAGUUGUCUUAGAAAGAAAGUUAGAAUCUUUUCCACAGCCUUCUGAAAUUGCCCAAUAUCAUCAAAGGUUUUUAGAACUAUACGAUUCGAUCAAUGAGGAGAUGGAAUCAAAUAAAAAAUUAUUAUUAAAGUAUAAUAAUUUACUAGAAGUGAAAUAACUGGCGGCUUAAUUUGUGGAUAUUUAUAGAACAUUUAAGGAGAAUUAUACCAAUAAUUUAAAGGAUAAAAAAGGAAAGAUUGAAUUAUCCUAAAAUUUAGAUUCUACCUACAAAUAACUAUAAAAAUAAUUAUAACUUUAUUAAGAGAAGCUAUAAUAAUCUGAGAACAAAAGAUAAAGUAUUAUGGAACAAUAUAGACAAGCUUUGGCAAUUGAAAGAGAGUAUUAUAAAUUAUUAAAGGAAAUUAAAUUUGAAUAUGAAAAGUACGAAUAAUAUACAAAUAAAAAUGAAUGA